ACUUUUUUAAAACAUUUGAUUUAUAUCGCGUGCCCUUCACAUUUCGGCGUUUUUUUAAUCAGAGAUCGUCAUUUAGUCGGCGAAUCAGCUUUUGAGUGACAUGCCGAAAGAAUCAGAAGCAUCCGAAGACUCUGAAAAUGUUAUUGUAGUGGAUAAAAAGAAUGAAGUAAAAUUGCAGCGUUCCAUCGGUCUUGUAACCAGUAUUACUAUCAUAGUUGGGUCAAUGAUUGGCUCAGGUAUAUUUGUCAGUCCUACGGGAAUACUGAAGAAUGUCAAGAGUAUUGGAGCUAGUCUUGUUAUAUGGGUUGCGUGUGGACUCUUCAGUAUGCUUGGAGCAUAUUCCUAUGCAGAACUUGGUACAAUAAUUGAACGAUCUGGCGGUGAUUAUAUUUAUGUUUACGAAGCGUUUGGACCAUUUAUUGGCUUUUUACGACUGUGGGUAGAAGUAAUGGUUGUAAGACCUGUAUCUAUUGCUGUUGUAGCUCUAACGUUUGCUGAGUACGUUUUACAACCUGUAUAUCCAAACUGUGAGAUACCUAUGCUAUUGCUCAGUAUAUUAGCAGCUUUAUGUAUAACGUUUUUGAGUUUUGUCAACGCUUUUUCCAUCAAGUUUUCAACUAGAAUACAGGAUGUAUUCACAUUUGCAAAAUUGGCUGCUCUUAUUAUGAUUAUUGUAACUGGAUUUGUACAGAUUGGAUUCGGUCGGUAUGAUGGAUUAAAAGAACCAUUUGAAGAUUCUGACUGGAGUCCUGGAUUAAUAGCCAAUGCAUUUUACAGUGGUUUGUUUGCUUAUUCAGGGUGGAAUUAUUUGAAUUGUAUGAUUGAUGAGAUGAAGAACCCGAAGAAACAUUUGCCUAUUGCAAUUGUUGUAUCUUGUGUGCUGGUAACAGCAGUUUAUACAUUUGCUAAUGUUGCCUAUGCAACUGUUGUGCCAGUGGCAGAAAUUCUCAGCACAAGAGCAGUGGCUGUGACAUUCGCAGUUAGAAUGUAUGGAGUGAUGUGGUGGAUAAUGCCGAUAUUUGUUGCUUGUUCAACAUUCGGUGGAGCUAAUGGCACUGUACUGACGACAUCGAGAAUAUUUUUUGUCGCUAGUCAAGUUAAUCAAAUGCCAGCAUUCAUCAGUUACCUGCAUACUGACUGGUUAACACCGAUUCCUGCUGUUUUAUUCACAUGUGUUAUGUCGUUGAUUUACUUACUUUCUGGAGAUAUUUUCGCUCUUAUCAAUUACAUGGGAUUUGUUCAAUGGCUUGCUAUUGGUCUAUGCGUCUUAAUAGUGAUAAUAUUUAGAUUUACACGUCCUAAAGUUCCACGUCCUGUCAAGGUUCCUAUUGUAUUGCAUAUAUCUAUGUUCUGGUAACCCUAUUUCUGAUUGUUUUCGCUUUUGUUGGAUCACCUAAAGAGUCAUUGUAUGGUGUUCUAAUCAUUUUAACUGGUAUACCAGUUUACAUAAUUGGCUGCGCAUGGACAAAUAAACCGAAAUCGUUUAAACAAACGAUGGAGAGCUUUACAGUGGGUUUACAAAAACUUCUUCGAAUUGUCCCAUCCAGUUGAAUGUGAUUGAUACUGGUAAGAAAAGAAAUCGGAAGGAAAGAAACUGCCAACUGUCCUUUAAUCAAUUCCAUGUCGUUUAUUGUUGUUGUUGUUAUUGUUGCCAUCGCGCCGUUGUCAUUCCACUUGUUUCUACCAUGUAUGUACAUAUUCCUUGGAUAAGUGUGGGACAUGUAAACAAUAAAACAGGAAUUAUACAAAGGUGUAAUAUGCUUUCUCUUCUAUUGUUCUUUUCAAAAGAUGUCUGGACUGACCAACAGGGCAAGAAAGAUGGAGUUUAGUCUCUUGAGUCUUGCAAUUUUAUUCCCUUGUUUACUUUUUCCAUUAUCACCCUGUUUUGUUUAGUUUUUGAUAAAACUCACAAGUUUUAUAUUAGUCUAUGGAAAUCAUUGUAUUUUACCAUAUCUGUUCUUUUUUAAUCUUGUUCCAAUCUCUAUGCAAGUAACAGUUGUUAUUAUUAUAUAUAUGGACGUUGUAUUGAAUGUUGUCUACCUCAUUCAUCAGACGUCUUGUAUCAAUAGCUGUUUGCCCUGUUAUAAAUGAUGCCCUACAAAACUGUGAUUAUUAUACAUUUGUAAUAAAGUGAGCACGUCUGAAAGUUUAUUGUCAUAACUUUGUUAUCUGCAUAUUCAUGCAUCAUUACUUGGUUAGUUGACACGAUCAGAUGAAUAUUGUUGAUGAUGGGAUGAUGAAAUGGAGUUGAAGAAGAUUGAAGCAGAUAUAAUAGUAAUAUUAAUAAUAAUAGUAAUGAAUGCCUUAUUGUAAACAACAUUUGUGAUGCAGCAUAUGAUAUUAUUUCAAUAACUUGACUUUGUGUACAAUAUUUUAAAACGAUAUAUUUAUUGCAUGGGAAUAACAAGAGUGUUAAAGUGGAUAGUAUGAAAGAGGCAGCUGGUGUUACAUUAGCAUGUGGUUUGGAAAAUUGAGAGUAAUUUUGAUGGUAGUAGGUCAUAUAUCCCG